AUGUUACUGACAGAUAGAAAUACAAGUGGGACCACGUUUACCCUCUUGGGAUUCUCAGAUUACCCAGAACUGCAAGUCCCACUCUUCCUGGUUUUUCUGGCCAUCUACAGUGUCACUGUGUUAGGGAAUAUUGGGUUGAUUGUGAUCAUCAAAAUCAACCCCAAACUGCAUACCCCCAUGUACUUUUUCCUCAGCCAACUCUCCUUUGUGGAUUUCUGCUAUUCCUCCAUUGUUGCUCCCAAGAAGUUGGUGAACCUCGUUGUCAAAGACAGAACCAUUCCAUUUUUAGGAUGUGUAGUACAAUUCUUUUUCUUCUGUACCUUUGUGGUCACUGAAUCCUUUUUAUUAGCUGUGAUGGCCUAUGACCGCUUCGUGGUCAUUUGCAACCCUCUGCUCUACACAGUUGCUGUGUCCCAGAAGCUCUGCAUGCUGCUGGUUGUAGGAUCCUAUGCCUGGGCAGUCGCAUGUUCCUUGAUACUGACAUGCUCUGAUUUAAAGUUGUGUUUUCAUGGUUUCAACACAAUCAAUCACUUCUGUGAGUUCUCCUCACUACUCCCCCUUUCUUGCUCUGAUGCUUACAUCAGCCAGUGGCUGCUAUUCUUUCUUGCCACCUUUAAUGAAGUCAGCACACUACUCAUCGUUCUCACAUCUUAUGCAUUCAUCGUUGUAACCAUCCUCAAGAUGCGUUCAGUCAGUGGGCUCUGCAAAGCCUUCUCCACCUGUGCCUCCCACCUGACCGGCAUCACCAUCUUCCAUGGCACCAUCCUCUUCCUCUACUGUGUGCCCAACUCCAAAAACUCCAGACACACAGUCAAAGUGGCCUCUGUGUUUUACGCAGUGGUGAUCCCCAUGUUGAAUCCCCUGAUCUACAGUCUGAGAAAUAAAGAUGUCAAGGAUACAGUCACCGAGAUACUGGACACCAAAGUCUUCUCUUAUUGA